AUGAAAGUCGGAAGGGAACAGCCGUCCCUCCAGAGGAUUGCCGAAAUCGACAAACUUGUUUUGGCGGGAGAAGGGCCCUCUUCAGAGGCGCCGAAGCAGCAGCAGCAGAAGCAGCAGCAGCAGCAGCAGCAGCAAACGUCUAAUCCUCCCACGCCCUUGGCAAUCGAAGAUGCUGCUGCUGCUGAUGCUGGGGGGCCAGCAGACAGCAGCAGCGGCCAGCAAGGGGACAACGCGGACGAGAAAGGACUGAGCGUAAAGGAGUGA